AUGGCGGUGGAUCCGCCCGGGCGGCGCCGCGGCGAGGCGAAUUCCUACGCCGCGAUGCUGCGCAAGUGCUCCGCGCUGUCGCAGGUGAAGUGGGUGCACAGGAUCGUGGCGGAGGAUGGGUGGGAGGAUGAUACCUUCGUGGCGAAUUUCCUGAUCCAGAUGUAUGGGCGCUGCGGCGGCGCGCAGGAGGCGGCGAAGGUGUUUGAGAAGCUGCCGCGGCGAAAUCAAUUCUCCUGGAAUAUCAUGCUAGCGGCAUUUGCCCAGAAUGGGCAUUUGCAGGAGGCGCGGGAGAUCUUUGAUCGGUCGCCGCACAGGAAUGUGGUGACUUGGAAUGCGAUGAUGGCUGCGUAUGCGAUGGCUGGGCGGAUCCGAGAGGCCGAGAUCGUCUUCAAGAAGAUGCCCCAGCGGGAUCUCAUCUCGUGGAACUCGAUGCUCACUGCAUAUGCCCAGCACGGUUAUUUUGAGGAGGCUUUGCGGCUCUUUGCGGCGAUGGAUCUCGAGCCCGACAGCGUGACUUUCCUUUGUGUUCUUGAGGCCUGCGGCGAGAUCGGUCAGGAAAGAUCCCAGUGCAGGCUUCUUCAUUCGAGGGUCUCGAAUUGCGGGCUGGAGAUGGAGCUUAAGAUCAGCACCGCGCUGAUCGACAUGUAUGGGAAGUGCUCCAGCCCCGAGGACGCCAGGGACGUGUUCUGGAGGAUCAGCGACACCGCCCAGGACCUCGCGCUCUGGAACGCGAUGAUCUCGGCUCACGCCAAGAACCGCCAAGUUCGCGAGGCUCUCCAUCUCUUCUCGCUGCUCGAUCUCCAAGGAGCGAGGCCAAACGACUCCACGCUGGUAAGCAUUCUAGACUCCGCCGCUAGCUCCUCGGAUCUAAAUCAUGCCAGGUUCGUGCAAGGCGUCGUGGAGGAGUGUGACGAGGCGCUGAGCGUGGACGUGAAGAACGCGAUCAUCGGCAUGUACAAGCGGUGCGGCAGCAUCGAGAACGCGAGGAGGGUGUUCGUCCGGAUCGAGAACAAGGACACGGUGUCGUGGAACUCGAUCAUCGCGGCCUACGCCGACUUGGGCGAUUGCAAGGAGGCGAUCGAGCUGUUCGAGCUCAUGAGUUUGGAGGGAUUUGAGCCGAGCAGGGCGACGUAUCUCAGUGUUCUUGGGGCGUGUAGCCACGCGGGGCUGGUCAAGGAAGGGGUGGAGGUGUUCGCGAGCAUGGUGGAGUUUGGAGUGGUGCCGACGAGGGAGCACUUUAGCUGCAUGGUGGAUUUGUUUGGGAGGGGAGGAUGGGUGGCGGAGGCACACGAGGUGUUUAGCAAAGGUCCCUUGAGGCCCAGCGUUACCGCUUGGAGGGCCUUGUGUGGAGCGUUUGUCCAGCAACAUUAA